AUGACUGAAUUCUUUGACCUUGGCAAACAUUGUUGUGUGGAGACUUGUAGACAAAAAGACUUUUUACCCUUCACUUGUACUCAUUGUAAGAAACAUUUUUGUUCGGAACAUCGUGAAUGUGCCUCCCAUCAGUGUGUUUAUAAUAUUGAUGAGGAAUUGAAAAAGUCUCACAUUCCUACCUGUCCUUUGUGUCAGGCUCUUGUGCCAAAGAGAUUCCCACAUGAGGAUAAUAAUAUUGUCAUUGAGAGACAUAUUAGAAAUGGUUGUAAAGUUGAGAGUGUAAAGAAUUGUUGUGCAUUUCAUGAUUGUAAAGAGGAUCAAAUGGUCAAUUGUAACUUAUGUUUGAAAUCAUUCUGUUCAGAUCAUAGACAUGCUGAUGAUCAUCAAUGU